UUCAUUUUGAAGAAUCUAGUCAAUUGAUUGAAUCAAAACAACCACCAGCGGAAACAUCAUCAUCAGCAUCAAUGUUAUUUUCAAAUAAUACUGUUGUUGGCUAUAGUCAUUCGUCAACAACAACAUCGAAUGACAACCAGGAUCCAAAUCCUGAAACAGCAACAACGGCCAACAGUACCAGUCAUGCAUCGAUUCCGCUUCAACAUCCUGGUCACCUAAAUAAUAAUAAUAAUCAUCAUGCGAUUACCACAACAUCUGCACAACAACAAAAUCAGUUUAGUUUGGCCAAUCAUCAUAAUCACAGUAAAAUUAUUAAUUCAUCAUCAUCACAUCAAGACAAACAUCAAUCAGAAUCAUCUGCAUCUUCAUCCGCAUCCGUAUCACCACCAAUACAAGUAGGAUCAGGCCCGUUAGUUAAUACUGUUGGUAAUGAUGUUCGUAAUGUAAUGUUAUAUGGUAUACCUAUUGUAUCAUUAUUAAUGGAUGGUCAAGAACGAUUAUGUUUAGCACAAAUAUCAAAUACAUUAUUAAAAAAUUUUAGCUAUAAUGAAAUACAUAAUCGUAGAGUUGCAUUAGGUAUAACUUGUGUACAAUGUACACCAGUACAAUUAGAAUUAUUAAGACGUGCUGGUGCAAUGCCUGUAUCAUCACGUCGUUGUGGUAUGAUUACAAAACGUGAAGCUGAACGUCUUUGUAAAUCAUUUUUAGCUGAAACUGAACCACCAAAAUUACCUGAAUCAUUUUCAUUUGAUGUUUAUCAUUGUUGUGCAUGGGGUUGUCGUGGUAGUUUUACACCAUCACGUUAUAAUAGUUCAAGAGCUAAAUGUAUUAAAUGUAGUUAUUGCGCAUUAUUUUUUUCACCAAAUAAAUUCAUAUUUCAUUCACAUCGUUUACCAACAUCAAAAUAUAUACAACCGGAUGCAGCAAAUUUUAAUAGCUGGCGACGGCAUAUUAAAUUAGUUGGUAAUCCUGAUGAACCAUCCGAUCAUAUUAUCUAUGCAUGGGAAGAUGUAAAAGCAAUGUUUAAUGGUGGAAGUCGUAAACGAGCAAUGACAUCAACAUUACAUUCAUUUACUAAAAAUCAAGAACAUCAUAAUCAUCAUCAUAAUCAUCAUUCACAUUCUACAAAUCCAAAUACAAGCCGAUCAUCCAUUGGUAAAGAUCAAACGAAACCGACAACAUCACGUACAUCGUCCAAACAAUCAAAAAAUUCAAAAAAUAAAUUACAUAAUAAUAAUAAUGAUGAUAAAGAUUCAAUUCCAUUGAAAUCAAUCGAUGAUAGUCAUCUGGAUGAUAAACAAGAAGAUAUUGAUGAUGAAGAUGAUGAAGAUAUUGAAUGCGAUGUUGAUUCAUUGGAUGAUGAUUACAGGGCUGUUCAAUCAAUACUUUCCAAUUCGAAUGAUAAUUUUACUAAUCAACAAUAUCAAUAUUCAAAUACAUCGAAGACAAGUGGUCAUCAUGUUCAUACAUUAAUCGAUAAUUCGGCUAAAAAUUUUCCAUCCGAAUCAGUGUCAUUAGCAGUUGAUAAUGCUAGUUCUUCUGCAGCUGAAUCAUCAUCAUCAUCAUCAUUGAAUGAUAUUGUGGAUAAUAAUCGUAAUGGUUUGAUUAAAAAUUUUCUAUUUGAUGGAUAUCCAAAUACUUCAUGUUUCAACAAUAAUAAUAAUAAUAAUAAUAGUGCUCAAUUUGAUCGACAAACACCGUUUGGUUUCACAAAUAAAACAUUCAAACCGAUUAUACAACCAUCAGCAUUGGCUACAUCAUCAUCAACGGCAAUUGCUGCGGCAAUAUUUUCAUCAGUUGCAACAGCAAAGGGUUCUCCUUCAUCAUCAUCAUCAUCAUCAUCAUCUUCAUCGGCAUCAUCUGUAUCAGCAUUAUCUUCAUCAUCUUCCUUAUUGGUGGCAAAUAAAAAGAUACCACAACAACAACCACCACCAUUAUCAACAGCGAUGGCAUCGUCACCUCCUUCAUCAUCACGUCUAACAUCACCAACAUUAUCUCAUUCAUCGGCUUCAUCUCCGCCACCAACACAUCAAGUACAGCCCUCAAAAGCCUUGAUCAACAAUGAUAUAAAUAAAUCGUUAGUGUUUGAUUAUGAUCACCAUCAUCAUCCUCAUCAUCCUCAUCAUCUUCAUCAUCAUCAUCAUUCGGCAUCGAAAUUAAUUCAAGAUAAAAUGAAUCAACGUUGGUUACAAAAUUUAAAUCAUUCUUCUCCUUCGACAACAAAUGAUUCGAUUUACAAUUAUAAUUUGAACGAAUCCUCAUCAAGAAUCAAUGAUAAUCGUUGUCGAAUGCCACCGAUUGUGACCAAUACAUCAACAAUCUCAUCAUCCGAUUCAUCGUUAUUUUCUUCAUCAUCGGGCUUGAAUCGUUCAGCUGAAUCAAUCAUAACUAUGUCAAAUCCGGCUAUUCUUAGUUCAUUGCUUUCAACAAACAAUAAUAAUACUACUCGUGAUUCUUGUCCUGCUUUUGGUUCCUAUGUUCCACCAUCAUCAAUACGUUCGACCAAUGUAGAUAAUCCGAAUUCCAAUCUAAUUACACCAUCAGAUAAUCUGGCCGAAAUAAUGUGGAAAGCUUGUAUGGCCAGUAAUGUUCGUGCUACAUUACCAUAUGCUAAUUUAUUUUGGCCAUCAUUACCACCACCACCACCACCAGUAUCAGCAUUACCAACUUCAUCUUCAUCAUUACCAACAUCUAGCCGAACAUUCAUGGAUCGAGAUUCUAGUCCGGAUAGUACACAGAUAAUGGAAGAGAAUGGUGCAUUAUCCAAACAACGACCCAUCAUUAACCGUCAAUCAAAUAAUCCAACAAUAAUGCCGGAAAUAUUUCCUUCUUUUCUGCCAAAUCUUAUCGGACAAAAUUCACGUCUAUUUCCACCAUCCACACAGCAAUGCUGUCCACAAUCACCAAAUUAUCUUGGCCGUAUGAUCAAUGAAUUUAGUGGUGGACAAUCUUCGAAUCAAACCAAUUCAAUGCUUCGAUUUGUAACGACACCUCGACAACCACUACCAAGCAAAGCAGAACAAUUCAAUUUGAUGACAAACAAUACCAUUCCAUCAUCGUUGACAACAUUCGAAAGUUUUAAAAAUCGACUAACCGAAGAUGUAUUUCUUUUCAAUCGUAAUAUCGAUCCGGUCAAUACAUUUCGAACACCGUUUCAUUCAUUUAAACAAACUGAUUUUAUGAUUGAUCAUCGAAAUUCUCAGGAUUUGUAUGCAAAACAUUAUGACGAAGAAAAUAACACUGCUAAAAGUCAAAGUAAUAAUCAAACAACAACAACAGCAAACAAACGAAAAUCAACAACUCAGGAAAAUGAUUCGACAAAGAAAAAUGGCAAGAAAAACAAACGAUCAUUUUUAGCCAUAUCGACACUUGUAUCAGAUAAUGAUCGAUCAGGUUUAAUUGAUCUAAGUCGAAAUGUAAAGCCAACAGCCAGUGUUAAAGAAAAUGAUAGAAAAAUGAAAGAGAAUGAAUCAAACAAUGAUGAUGAUGAUGAUGAUAAUCAAGAAUCACAGGAAAAAAUCGUUCCAAUCGAUUUUAGUGCUAAUGGUGACAACAAUAACAUUGCCGAAAUUAUCAACAAUUCAAUGGAUAAACAACAUAUCGAAUUGACAACCGAAUAAUAAUAAUUUAUACUC